AUGUUACACUUACUUUUCGGGAAACGGUACGAGGAAGUAGGGAGCGGGGUGACGGCCACGUUCAGGAGAACCUUUGAACUGCUGGGGAUGUCUAUUGUGGGUGAUUUCCUGCCAUGGUUAAGAUGGUUGGACAUUGGAGGGCUUUAUUGGCAUGCAGCAGGUACUGAUGAUACAACUUCAACCAUGUUAACCUGGGGACUUUCUUUAAUUUUGAAUAAUGAUAAUGUGUUGGAGAAGAUUCAAGGCGAGCUAGACAACAUUGUCAGGAGAGAAAGGCAUGUCAACGAGUCGGAUCUAGGCAAUUUGACUUAUUUUCAAGCUGUCAUCAAGGAAACUAGUUUCCGUUUAUAUCCUCCAGGCCCUCUCUUAAUUCCACAUGAAGCUAUGGAAGAUUGCAAGAUCAAUGGCUAUCACGUCUUCAAGGGUACACGCGUAAUGAUAAAUGUUUCAAAGAUUCAACGCGAUCCGAAUUUUUGGGUAGAUCCCGAUGCUUUUAAACCUGAGAGAUUUUUGAUGGAGCACAAGGAUAUUGAUCUGAGGGGCAAUCAUUUCGACCUAAUCCCAUUUGGUAUCGGAAGAAGAAUUUGCCCAGGGAUGUCUUUAGCACUACAAAGUAUGCAAUUGGGCUUGGCUGCUGUCAUUCAUAGCUUUGAUAUAAAAAGAUGUUCGGAUGAACCAAUUGACAUGACAGAUCAGAGGCUAAUGGCUUGGCGGUUGGCAAAGCAACUCCACUCCAAGUUUUCCUUUCCCCACGCCUACCUUCUCAUCUCUACCUUUGACUUCUUCACCUGUACGUGGAUGCAGUUUCAAGGUGUUUAUUUUAUCAAUUCGAACUAUGUUAUUUCAUAUAAGAGCAUAUAA